AUGAAGUCGAUCUUCUUGGUGAUCUUGCUCCUAAUCGAGCUGACUUUCAGCAGUGGAGGAAUCGUCAACGAGGCAGAAAGUAUUAAAGAGAAAACCACUGAAGACAUUGUAUCGAGGGUCGGUUCCUUUAUCUCUCUACUUCAAGCAAGAAAUGAUCAAAUUAAGGACUGUUCGGAGAACCUUAAGGGAAAAGAUAAAAUCAUAAGUGAUAUAGAUGAGGAGCUGAAGAAGAAGGAUCAAGUAAUCAAAGGCUUGGAAGAUCAUAUCAGAUCGGUUUCCGAAGAGCUAUCUGAGAUUACCGAUCAACUUCUGACCACCAAUGGUACCGACCGAUGCCCCAUUGGCAGUGAAAGUGGCAUUUACAGAGUGAAAAUUCCCGGACUAAGGAACUUCGAGGCUGCCUGCAAUGAGGAAGGCUGGAUGACGAUCCAAAGGCGUAUCGAUGGAUCUGAGAACUUCACACGCGACUGGGAGAGUUAUAAGAAUGGAUUCGGAGAUGUACGCAAAGAGUUCUUUAUCGGCCUGGAAAAACUAUACCAGAUGACAGAUCAACGACAUUGUGAGCUCAAAAUUAUACUUGGCGACGCUAAUGGAACCACCAAAUAUGCGUAUUACGAUGAUUUUAGAAUCGGCAAUGAGGAGGCAUCGUACGAGAUAACACAUUUGAGCUCAUUUAAUGGUACAGCCGGGGACUCUAUGCACUGGAAUCAGUACAAGAAGUUCUCCACUUUCGACCGGGAUAAUGACCUUAUUCCUGAGGAUUGCGCCGGCACGCACAGUGGUGGCUGGUGGUUCGCUGAAUGUGGAUAUAGUUCGCUCAAUGGGAAGUACCAUGCUGAUGGCUUUGCUCCUGACUACAACGGAAUUCAUUGGGGCACCGCUCAUGGCUACAACUACAGGGUUUCGCUGCUCUCCACUGAAAUGAUGAUAAGACCAAAGAUUUAUAACAAUUAAAGAAUGAAUAAAAAAAUCCACAACGA